GAUGCUGUGAGCCGGCACACUCCCACACGAGCGCCCGAGUGGACGCUUGGGCCUGGCACAGAGAGAGACUGAGCCUGCUACCCUCAUGUCAGGUGACAGUGACCCCCAGAGGCUGAGCAGGCCCAGCUAUGGCUCCAUCUCCAGCCCAUCGAGCUCAGGGUCACAGCAAGUACCUCCCAAGGGCACCUACCUGAGUGAAAAGAUCCCUAUCCCAGACACAGAGCCGGGCACCUUCAGCCUGCGGAAGCUGUGGGCCUUCACGGGACCAGGAUUCCUCAUGAGCAUCGCCUUCCUGGACCCAGGAAACAUCGAGUCGGAUCUUCAGACUGGAGCUGUGGCUAGAUUCAAACUGCUCUGGGUGCUGCUGUGGGCCACGGUGCUGGGUUUACUCUGCCAGCGCCUUGCAGCUCGGCUAGGCGUGGUGACAGGCAAAGACUUGGGUGAGGUCUGCCAUCUCUACUAUCCUAAGGUGCCCCGCAUCCUCCUCUGGCUGACCAUAGAACUGGCCAUCGUGGGCUCGGACAUGCAGGAGGUGAUCGGCACGGCUAUUGCGUUCAGUCUGCUCUCCGCUGGACGCAUCCCACUCUGGGGUGGCGUUAUCAUCACCAUUGUGGACACCUUCUUCUUCCUCUUCCUCGAUAACUACGGGUUGCGGAAGCUGGAAGCCUUUUUUGGACUUCUUAUUACCAUUAUGGCCUUGACCUUUGGCUAUGAGUAUGUGGUGGCAUCUCCUGAUCAAGGAGCACUUCUUCGGGGCCUGUUUCUGCCCACGUGCUACAAUUGCGGCCAGUCCGAGCUGCUGCAGGCUGUGGGCCUCGUUGGCGCCAUCAUCAUGCCGCACAACAUCUACCUGCACUCUUCCCUGGUCAAGUCUCGAGAGGUAGACCGGACCCAGCGGGCACACAUCCGAGAGGCCAACAUGUACUUCCUAAUUGAGGCCACCAUUGCCCUGUUUGUCUCCUUCCUCAUCAACCUCUUUGUUGUGGCAGUCUUUGGGCAGGCUUUCUACCAGAAAACCAACGAGGCUGCAUUCAACAUCUGUGCCAACAGCAGCCUCCACGAUUACGCCGAGAUCUUCCACCAGGUCAACAGCACCAACCAAACCGUGGAAGUGGACAUUUACCGAGGAGGUGUGAUCCUAGGUUGCUUCUUCGGGCCCGCAGCCCUCUACAUCUGGGCGGUGGGUCUUUUGGCGGCUGGCCAGAGCUCCACCAUGACCGGCACCUACGCGGGACAGUUCGUGAUGGAGGGCUUCCUGAAGCUGCGGUGGUCUCGCUUUGCCCGAGUCCUCCUCACCCGUACCUGCGCCAUCCUGCCCACAGUCCUGGUGGCAGUCUUCAGAGACAGGAGAGACCUCUCCAAGCUCAAUGACUACCUCAACGUGUUGCAGAGCUUGCUGCUCCCCUUCGCUGUGCUGCCCAUCCUCACCUUCACCAGCAUGCCUGCCCUCAUGCAGGAGUUUGCCAACGGCCUGCUGAGCAAGGUGGUCACGUCCUCCAUCAUGGUGCUGAUCUGUGCCAUCAACUUCUACUUGGUGAUCAGCUUUCUGCCCAUCAUCCCCCCGGCCUCCUACAGCCUUGUGGUCCUGCUGGGUAUACCCUACCUGGGCUUCAUCUUCUACCUGGUCUGGACCUGUGGCAUCGCCCACGGGGCCUCCUGUCUGGCCCACAGCUCCCACCAGCACUUUCUGUACGGGCAUCCCCAAGAAUAGCAGAAGAGGGAGCCCGUGUACAUGAACCACCCGCCGUCCAGCAGGAUUGUGAGUUUUGCCGCCCACCAACCAGGGCUCCAUUAAAACCUGCUCUUGACUCACUGGGACAAACGAUUACCCUCCGUGCCUUAGCGUCCUCAUCUGCAACACUGGACAGCACCAACCUUGCAAUGAAUGCAGAGCACUUUAACGCAGUGCGUGACA